AGGGCAUGAGAUGGCGCAGGCGCAGAUAGGCGGAGGGCGGCGGCGGGCGGACUCUCAGCGCAGGCGCGAGUCACGCGGCGAAGGCACGCCGGCAGCACGGCACGGCGCCGCGCCGCGCCGCAUGCCGCCGCGCCGACAGCGCGCCGCGUGCAUCAUGCGGUCACACAGGCGGCGUGCCUGCGUCUCUGGGCGGCCCGCUGCCCCAGACGACGAUGGCUCCUCGCCGGCCCGCUCAUCUUCUGGGUGAGGUGCUGCGUGCUGGCCGCUGCGGCUUUGCUUCGUCACCACCACCACCUCCAGCAUCACCCACCGUCUGUCCGUCGCUGCUCUGCACGCGGCACCCCUGCACGCCCGUCCGUCUUCUCCGCGCCUCCGGGCGGACUGCUCAGCAUGAAGAAGAAGAUUCUUCUCAUGGGCCGCUCCGGCUCGGGCAAGACGUCGAUGCGCUCGCUCGUCUUCUCGUCGUACCGGCCGAGCGACACGCGGCGCCUGGGCAGCACGCUCGACGUCGAGCACUCGCACGUGCGCUUCCUCGGCAACCUCGUGCUCAACCUGUGGGACUGCGGCGGACAGCAGGCCUACAUGGACUCGUACCUCGACUCGCAGCGCCACCAGGUCUUCUCCGCCGUCGGCGUGCUCAUCUACGUCUUUGACCUCGUCGGCGAGGACGGCGCGGGCGAGGAGUGGGAGAAGGACGUGCGCUACUACAAGGACUGCCUGGCUGCGCUGCGUGUGCAUAGCCCAGACGCGCGUGUCUUCUGCCUGCUGCACAAGAUGGACCUCGUCGACUCCUCGCGGCGGCGCAGCGUGUAUGCUUCACGCGUCGCUGAGCUGAGGCGGAAAAGUGAGGGCAAGGCGAUCACGCCGUUCGCGACGUCGAUCUGGGACGAGACGCUCUACAGGGCAUGGUCGAGCAUCGUGCACACGCUCAUCCCGCAAGUCGGCGUGCUGGAGAGCCACCUGUCGCAGUUCGCGCAGGCCAACAGCGCGACCGAGGUCGUCGUCUUCGAGCGAAGCACCUUCCUUGUGAUCAGUCGGACGACGCAGGGCGGCAGCACGCUGCCGGUCGGCGCCUCGGGCUUCGCACGGCCGACAGGCCUGCCGAGCGAGGACGACGACGACAUGGAGGGCUUCCCGGAGGAGCGCAAGGGCGACGACAAGGGGCGCCUGAAUCCUGAGCGCUUCGAGAAGAUCUCGGAGCUCAUCAAGAGCUUCAAGCUCUCGUGCUCCAAGCUGCAGUCGACGUUCCAGGCCAUCGAGCUGCGCACGCCGUCCUUCUCGGCCUAUCUCGACGCGCUCACGGCCAACACGUUCAUCAUGGUCGUCGUCGCCGACCCGCGCAUCGAGCUCGCGGCGAUCAAGCUCAACGUGCAGAGCGCGCGCGAGCACUUCGAGAAGCUGCCCGCGCUCAACAUCAACCGGUAGCCGCGCCCGUCUCGCUCCGUCUGCUCAUCCAUCGCUCUCGCUCCGCUCCCCACACGCUGCUCCCGUCAUUACCCAGCAUUGUAUUCUAGCAUCCACCAUCACACUCGUCAUCGAUACACUGCUUCGUCAGAGUUG